GUACUGUUCAACGAUCAACCCUGGUACUGCUGCAGCUAUUUCCACCCAAGCGUGGCAGACAAGCAGCUUGUAUUUUCACACAAAUUAAAUUUAUACCACUAAAUAUGGCAGAAAUGGGAUGGGAUGAAGUCACUGUAAUAAGGAAGCGGGCACCUAAAGCCAGUGCGAUGAAGUCCCAGCAGGCAGUUAAUGUAGCUCAGAGACAGGGAGUGCCUAUUGACACCCAGAAAAAAUGUAAGUUUUACAAGAUACACAGUAAUAAGCAACACAGCGUAGACAAAAACACAGCCAAACUAGAUGCGGAAACAGAGGAGUUGCAUCAUGCAACCGUUGGCUUGGAUGUGGGAAGAAUUAUUAUGCAGGCGAGGCAGGCUAAAAACAUGACACAGAAGGAUCUUGCAACAAAAAUCAAUGAAAAACAACAAGUGGUGAAUGAAUAUGAGCAGGCCAAGGCAAUUCCCAACCAAGCAGUUUUGGCAAAGAUGGAAAGGAUCCUAGGAGUAAAGUUGCGAGGAAAAGAUAAAGGCAAGCCAUUUAUUGAUAAGCAUGAAAAGAAAGAUGCUCCUGCUGCCAAAGGUGGCAAAAAGAAAUGAAGUGGGGCCUUCCUGCUUCUGGAAACAGAGUGGUGGGUCUCCAGUACUUGUUUAUGGAUUUCAAUGCAUUCACUAUUAGGUACCUCUAUGUGGUUCACUAUUACCUCCUUCUAUUCUACAGGGAGAGGACUCUUGGCAACCUUAUGGGUAUUUGUUUGUGAACCAGUUCGGUGACAUUGGUACCUACUCCUUCCAUACAAUAAUUGAGUCUAACCUAGUUUCACAACUCUUUCAAAAAUUGUAAAACAUGUACAGUGUGAUGCAUUUACAUAUGAAUUUAUAAUGCUUUGGAUUAUGAUUUGUACCAUGUAUCUCAUACAGCAACAUUAAAUGUAUGAAACUACACUAUUGAUCCCAUCGAUUGCUUAAAAUAUUGUUUAUAUAAUGCAGUGGUUGUAAACGGUAAUUUAAACUGUUUACAGAUAUACAAUAGACUGUAUAUGUUAAAUACAAGCUUUAAAAAGCAGUGGUAUCAAUUUUUAAUAAAUCAUCUGAAACUAAUUUUUCAAGUGGUAAUAAUUUUAGCAUUAGUUGGUGUGCUCUUAAAAUAACUGUAAACCAUAUAUCUUUCUUAUCAAUGAGUUUAAAGUAUCAGAUCAGUAGCUUAGCAGACACCAUUAUGUUUUCUACACAUUAAUGCAUAUAAUUGCAAUCUUGUUUCUGCUUCUGGUAUAGGAAUAUUUAUAAAUAAAGUUUAUAAAACCAA